CUCUCCCCAUCGCGUUCCCCGCCCCACCACGGCUCCACUCUCGCCCACUCCCUCCCCAUCCCGAUGGCGACCGCCGAUCCUGGCCCGGGCCCAACCCAGACUACCCAAGCCAAGCCGGCUUGCGCCGUCACCUUCGGCUGCUCCACCCUCCUCGGCCGCCACCUCGCCGCCGCGCUCGCUUCAUCCGGCCGCUGGUCCACCGUCGCCGUCCUCGACCCGUCCCCGCCAGCUGCCGAACAGCCGGCUGCCCCCCUCGCCCACUUCGCGGUCGACCUCUCCGAUCCCGCGGCGGCGCUCGCCCCCGUCCUCGCCGGCGUCGUAGCCGUCUUCCACGUGGACCCCACCUCCUCCGCCGCCACCGCAUGCAGCGACGGGUCGUCCUUCCUGUACCUCCACAGCCUCGCGGCCGAGGGUACGAGGCGCCUUCUCGCCGCCUGCCGCGCUAGCGGCGUUAGAAGGGUGGUGUACACCGGCUCCACCGACGUGGUGACCGACGGCGCCCUUGAUGUGAUCAGCGCUGACGAGGACUCGGUUUCGUACCCCGAACAGUUUGGGAAUGGAGUGAGCGAGCUCAGGGCACAAGUAGAGAUGAUGGUGCUGAGUGUGGAUGGGAAUGGUGGGAUGCGGACAUGCGUGCUGUGCCCGAGCAAUUUGUUUGGGCCAGGCGAUUCAAGUGUGACGAGGUUCAUUGCUGGAUAUGCAAGGUCUCCCUUGUGCAAGUUUAUAACAGGUAGUGGUGGUAACAUGUCUGACUUUACAUAUGUGGAAAAUGUGAGCCAUGCCAACAUUUGUGCUGAGCAAGCUUUAUGUUCAAAUGCAGCAUCUGUUGCCGGAAAGCCCUUUUUUAUUACUAAUGAUGAACCUAUCAAAACAUGGGAGUUUAUGUCCUGCAUGCUGGAAGCCAUGGGAUGUCAGAGGCCCAGGAUUAAUCUUCCUUCCAAGAUGCUGUUGUUUGCAGCCUGGUUCUCCAAUAUGAUUCAUCACGGAUUGUGUCUGCAAAUGUCAUACGCUCCACUUCUCUAUCCCGAUACGUUGUACUUCUUAGCACACACAAGAACUUUUAACACUUCAAAAGCUAGAAGGUUACUUGGAUACAACCCGAUUGUAUCAUUGAAGGAUGGAAUUAUGAGAACUGCUGGGUCAAUUUUGGAACUACCAGAUAAUCUGGAUCUGUCAAGGAAACAAGGUUCUUGUGUAUCAUCAAAAGCAGAUAAGCUACUGGGUGGUGGGAUAGCUGCUGAUAUUCUCCUUUGGAGGGAUGAAAAGAAAACCUUUUCAUAUGUCACACUAUUGUUUCUACUGUUCUACUGGUUUCUGCUUUCAGACAGAACUUUUGUCUCCUCGUCUGCCAAAAUUCUUCUGGUGAUCUCCCUGGCUCUUUACAUCCACGGUGUGCUACCUUCACAAGUGUAUGGUCUUACAGUAGAGAAGGUUACUCCUGAUUAUUUUGAAGUAUCACACUCAGCUUUGAGGAAUCCAAUUAUACGCCUGGCUUCUCUAUGGAACGGAGGUAUUCAUAAAUUGAGGGUUAUAGCAGAAGGUGAUGACUGGAGUACCUUUCUAAAGGCCUGACAUUUGAAUUUGGUCUUGUUGGGUGAUUGUUGGCAGUGGUUGGGCAAAUUUCUGAACCUUUUUUUUUUCCCUCAGGAGUAGGCUCAGGUUGUCAUUUUCUAAACUUGAUUAGCUACAUUUUAUUGUCCUUGAUUAUUUCCCUACAGUCAUGUCAAGCCAUUAUACUCUGGUUUAUUUGAUAUACCUUCGUUUGUGUUGAGUAAAAUGAUUUACUUGAUAUACCAUUGCGCAAUAUGUUAUUUGCCGAUAAAAUUCUUUAUGUACCACUGAAUGACUAUGUAUGCCCUCAUUGUGAGUUGACAUGGCCUUGCAGGUCAGCAAGACAUCAGUUUCAUAGAAACAGCAAAUGAAGUUGUUAUGUGCCAUAUAAAGAAAUGCCCCCUAUUUCUUCCAUCAUGCUUGGUAGUUCUGAUCUAGUUUUAUCCUGCACGUUACUUGGUUUACUGAGUGCUAGAAGUAAUCAUUAGUUCCAUAUGAAUUGGAGAAUAAUUAACCCCAACCCAUGUAAAUCCUUCUUUAUGAAUGGUACAUAAAGAACUCGAUCAAGCUAGACUUUACUCGAAAAUCACAUAAUAACAGUAAACACAUUGUUGCAAGAAUGGUACUCGGUACAACGGUGAUAAUUAAUUUAUGUUACAGCCGAUUGAUCUAAAGUUUCUUUUUUA